AUGAGUCUGAAAAAUUGAAAAAAUCAAUGGAAUCGUAAAUAAUCGAUUGAUUAAAUUUAUUAAAAAACCGAUCGACAUCUAGGAAAAUCUUCAAAUCAUGGCGCCACUUUUGAAAUCCACUACUUUCGAGAACCCUCAACUCCCUCAAUAGAAAACCCCUCUAACCUCUCUUUCUUCUACGAAAUAUUUUAAGUACGACUACAUUUUUCUAAUUGUGUUGCGAUGGAUCGGCCAAGGGAGCAAGAUGAUAGUGUAUCAAAGGAAAAUGAAGAGGUUUCGGUGGCGAAGGCAAGUCGACGCGGUCGAAAGAAGGAUGCCCAGGUCAUUAAAGCUCGAAACCCUAGUGAUGUUGGAGGUGAUGGAGUAGCUCUAACUGCGUCAAAUGAGAAAGACAAGAUUUUGGAGGAUGAUAUUCAGAAGAAAAGGAAAUCUUCAGGUUACAAUGUUUCUGAGGAAGUUAAAAUCAGUAAGAGGGAUCCCAAAUGGGUAGCCGAGGAAUCUUUAAUGUGCCACCAGUGCCAAAGAAAUGACAAAGGCCGGGUUGUUCGAUGUCUGAAAUGCACCACCAAACGAUACUGUAUCCCUUGCUUGACCAAUUGUGCUGAUAGAUUAUGUAGCUACUAUAUGCCAAAUUUAGUACUUCUAAUAUGGCACAGGCUUGUUUACGUUAUGAGGUAUCCUCAGAUGAUAGAGGACGAAGUUGCUGUAGCUUGCCCAUUUUGUCGUGGAAUUUGCAACUGUAAAUCGUGCUUACGUCUGGAAUAUGUCCCAGUCGAAAUGCUAAAGAAUUCAAAUUGGAAAAUUAGUAAAGACGAAGAAGUUCAGCAUUACAAGUAUAUAGUACAAUCGCUUCUUCCACAUUUGAAGCAGUUAAAUGAAGAACAAUUGAUGGAGACACAUAUAGAGGCUAAAAGACAAGGGAUAUCAAUGUCAGAGUUAAAGAUACCAAUAGCUGAUUUUGACAUGGAUGAGCGAGUGUACUGUGAUAUAUGCAGAACUUCGAUAUUUGAUUUGCACAGAAGCUGUUCAAACUGCUCCUGUGACAUCUGUCAUAUUUGUUGUGGGGAAAUCCGUGAUGGAAACUUGUGCUGCGGCAAUCAGGAAAAGGUGAUAUUGAAGUAUGCUAAGGUGGGGAUUCAAUAUUAUCAUGGGGAGGACAUUCAUGUUGAAAAUGAGGUUGAAUUGGCUGACGAGGGAAAAGCUCAAUUGGCUGCUGAAACUUGCUCUAGGGAUGAUGUAAGGUCAGCGUCUAAUUGGAAAGCCAAUAAAGAUGGAAGCAUACUGUGUCAUUGUGGUCAUGGGAUUCUAGAAUUGAAGAGUAUGUUCCCUGAAAAUUGGGUUUCAGAUUUGGUAAGGAAAGCAGAUGAUGUUGCAAAAGCUUACAAACUUGUGGACACGGUUAGACUUCCUGGGGCGCAAUGCUUGUGCUUUGAAGCAAAUGGUGAUGUUAACUUGAGCAAUAAUAAGUUACUAAAAGCUGCCACUCGAGAAGAUUCUGAUGACAACUAUUUGUAUUGCCCAGCGUCCAAAGAUAUCCAACAUGAAGAUUUGAAGCAUUUUCAGUACCACUGGAUGAGAGCUGAGCCUGUAAUUGUCAGAAACGUGCUAGAAGCCGCAUCUGGUUUGAGUUGGGAGCCAAUGGUCAUGUGGCGCGCCUUUCGCCAAAUGAAACAUGUCAAAUAUGACCGGCUUUUGAAUGUGAAGACCAUUGAUUGUCUGGAUUGGAGUGAGUAUGAGAUUAAUGUCCACCAAUUCUUCACUGGAUAUUCAGAAGGUCGAUUUCACAAAAACAAUUGGCCUCAAAUACUGAAAUUGAAAGAUUGGCCUUCUUCAAACCUAUUUGAGGAAGUCCUGCCUCGUCAUGCUGCAGAGUUUAAAUGCUGCAUACCUUUCAAGGAGUAUACACAUCCUACAAAAGGUGUUUUAAACAUUGCUAUUGCAUUGCCUGAUAUUUGUUUGAAGCCUGAAAUGGGGCCAAAGACAUACAUUGCUUAUGGAGUUGCUCAAGAGUUUGGGCGUGGAGAUUCUGUAACCAAGCUUCAUUGCAAUACGUCUGAUGCGGUAAACGUUUUGACACAUACUGCUGAAGUGACCUUUUCUCCCGGACAACUUGCUAAAAUAGAGAAUUUGAAGAAGCAGCACUUUGAGCAUGACCAAAGAGAAAUUUUCAGAAAAACAGAGGCUUUGGAUGUUACAGUUGGUUGGUGUGGCAACACUUGUGAAAAUGAUAUGGAUAGCAGUAAUGCUGGUGGAAAGUUGGUCGGGGUGGAAUAUGAUGAAGGAGGUGCUCUCUGGGAUAUUUUCCGGAGACAGGAUGUUCCUAAACUGCUGAACUAUCUUAACAAGCACUUCAGAGAAUUUCGGCAUACUUAUUGUCUUCCAGUGCAAAAGGUUUAUCACCCCAUACAUGACCAGACAUUUUAUUUGACUCUAGAGCAUAAGAGAAAGCUGAAGGAAGAAUAUGGCAUUGAACCAUGGACAUUUGUCCAAAAACUUGGGGAUGCUGUCUUAAUUCCUGCUGGCUGUCCUCAUCAAGUCCGAAAUUUGAAGUCAUGCAUAAAGGUUGCAAUGGACUAUGUCUCACCUGAAAAUGUCAGUGAGUGCAUUCGUUUGACAGAAGAAUUCCGUUUACUUCCUGAUGGCCAUCGAGCUAACGAGGACAUGUUGGAGGUAAAGAAAAUGACUCUUUAUGCAAUGGAUCGGGCAUUGAAGGGUUUGGAGCCGAAUGCAGGGUCAAUGAUACCUGAAGAGGAAGUAGUACUGAAGAAGAAAGUUCUAAAAGGCAAAUGUAAGAAGGCUGGAAGAAGGAAAGCGAAAAACGCAUAGCCUGGUUUCCAAUUAUAUGAUUGUUCUAGUCAUUUUUGGUUGGACUGCUCACUGAUAUUAAUUUGUAGUUUGUUCAAGUUUGUUAUUUUAAAUGAAGCCCGAGUAGUUUAGUUGGCGAGCGAGAUCAUAUGUAAUCUUGAACCCCGAAUUUAGGCCCCAUCCCGGACUGGGAGAAGUUGCCUCAUCUUCUUUUGUAGGCCUUGAAGGGUCAAGCUCCAAUAGGAUUCUUGAUUGGCAGAUGUUGAUUAAUUAAUUGUGUGAAAAAAUUUCG